AUGGAGCCACAGGCAACGUCUCAGCCCGUCGUAUUCACCACGCAGACUCAAUAUCCAUUGCCGACGCAAAAAUUCAUGAUUCCAACAACUUGGAAACGAUAUCAACUUUCGCAACUCGUGAACAAGGCUUUAUCGCUGGACAAACCGGUCCCUUUUGAUUUUCUUGUCCGCGGAGAAGUGCUGAGAGGUACACUGAACGAAUGGUGCGCAGAACAUGGCAUCGGAGAGGAAGAAACGCUUGAGGUCGAGUACAUCGAAUCUAUUAUGCCGCCUCAGAAAAUGUCGGAUUUUCCACAUGAAGACUGGGUCUCAUCCGUAUCGUGCAAAAUCCUUGGGCACUUUACCACCGCCUCCUACGACGGUCAUAUACGAAUCUUCGACUACUCUAAGCAACUCAUAUCGAGUACCAUGGCACACGCCGCGCCAAUAACCUCCGUAUGCAUCAUCUCCUCGGAGAACGAAUCGACGUACAUUGUCGCAAGCUCUUCGCAAGACCUCACAGCUGCGAUCACCCAGGUCACGCUUUCGCAGUCGCCCUCCACGCCUUCGACCUCCAAAGUCCUCGCUUCUCUUCAUUUGCACACAUCCACGGUCUCCUCCGUUUCUUCCAACCCUUUGGGGACGCAUCUCAUUACUGCCUCAUGGGACGGUCUCAUUGGAGUUUGGGACAGCAAUGUGCCGUCCUCGGACGAGGUUCCGGAACCUACGCUUACUGAACGAGACAGGAAGAAACGGAGACGCGUCGAUGAUGGCUCAAAACCCCGCAGAAAGGCUCCGUUGAACGUCAUGAAGUCGCAUACUGCUAGGGUGUCCAAGGCCCUCUUUGGAGUGGGGCAAGAGAAAAAAGCGUUCAGCUGUGGCUUUGAUUCUACCGUCCGGACGUGGGAUACUGAGUAUGGCGUCUGUGAGCAUACGAUCUCGGCCUCGGAAAAGCCUUUCCUCGACAUCGCCCUAACACCAGACGGCAACUCCGCACUUGCCGUCUCCACAGACCGCACCAUGACUCUGUACGACCUCCGAACCUCGCAAACCUCGCUUUCUUCCUCCAAAGCCUCCUUCUCCCACCCGGCCACACCGUCUUGUGUUGCCGCGAGCGAAGCCAAUUCGCAUCAAGUGGUAACAGGCGGGUACGACGGCGUUGUCCGGGUGUGGGAUCUACGGAGCACGAAAGGCGCGAUGGCGACGUGCAAGGCUUGGGAAGGCACGAAGAAGGUGCUAGGCGUGGAUUGGAGGCGUGGCGUCGUGGGUGUUGCUGGAGAGGGCGGGUUGGAAGUGUGGAAGGUCGGCGAGGAGGCGAGUUAA